AUGAACCCCACCCUCCUCUCAACCAUCCUCCCCCUCCUUUCCUCAAUCGAAGGGAUCGAAGCCUGCUACACCGGCGACCACAACAACUGCAACUGGGAGGGCAGCGCGCCGGCGUGCGGCACUAGCCCGGACCACGUGGGCACCGAGGACGCGCAGGGCCGCACCUUCGUCGCCACGACCGAGUUGGGCACCGCCCGGUACUUUUGCGACUGGGAGCGGGGGCAGCCCCGCGGCGGGGACUGCUGCCAGGCUUACGGGAAUGGGUGCUGGAGUGGGUAUAAGCGGUUGUGGUGUGCGGAUCGGAAGUGUUGAUUUUCUUUCCCUUGGGGGGUUUAACGGGGGGAUAAAGGGUUAGUUGGGGUGGAUGGGAGGGGGCGGGGCUCUUAGCUGGUUGUUUGCGGGGGAAGUUGUAUGCACUUUGUCGUUGGGCUUUUGCUCUCGGUGGGCUAUUGGGAUUAUUGGAGAUGAGGGAGGGAUACGGAUGGAUGACUGCAGGGCUGGGGCUUG